UGACUUGUGCACCAUGGGGGAGAUGGAGCAGCUGAGGCAGGAAGCGGAGCAGCUCAAGAAGCAGAUCGCUGAUGCCAGGAAAGCCUGUGCGGACAUCACCCUGGCUGAGCUUGUGUCUGGCCUAGAGGUAGUGGGACGAGUCCAGAUGCGGACGCGGAGGACAUUAAGGGGACACCUGGCCAAGAUCUAUGCCAUGCACUGGGCCACUGACUCUAAGCUGCUGGUAAGUGCCUCACAGGAUGGGAAGCUGAUCGUCUGGGACACUUACACCACUAACAAGGUGCAUGCUAUUCCGCUGCGUUCCUCUUGGGUCAUGACCUGUGCCUAUGCACCAUCAGGGAAUUUUGUGGCAUGUGGGGGGCUGGACAACAUGUGCUCCAUCUACAGCCUCAAAUCCCGUGAGGGCAAUGUUAAGGUCAGCCGGGAACUCUCUGCUCAUACAGGUUAUCUCUCCUGUUGCCGUUUCCUGGAUGACAACAACAUUGUGACCAGCUCUGGGGACACCACGUGUGCCUUGUGGGACAUUGAGACGGGGCAGCAGAAGACAGUGUUUGUGGGACACACUGGUGACUGCAUGAGCCUGGCUGUGUCUCCAGACUACAAACUCUUCAUUUCGGGGGCUUGUGAUGCCAGCGCAAAGCUCUGGGAUGUGAGGGAAGGAACCUGCCGCCAGACCUUCACUGGCCAUGAAUCAGACAUCAAUGCUAUCUGUUUCUUUCCUAAUGGAGAGGCCAUCUGCACUGGCUCAGACGAUGCCUCCUGCCGCCUGUUUGACCUGAGGGCAGAUCAGGAACUGACUGCCUAUUCCCACGAGAGCAUCAUCUGUGGCAUCACAUCGGUAGCCUUCUCGCUCAGUGGUCGCCUGCUCUUCGCAGGCUACGAUGACUUCAACUGCAAUGUCUGGGACUCUAUGAAGUGUGAGCGUGUGGGCAUACUCUCUGGCCAUGACAACAGAGUCAGCUGUCUUGGGGUCACAGCUGAUGGCAUGGCUGUGGCCACCGGUUCCUGGGACAGCUUCCUCAAAAUCUGGAACUAAGGAGGCGGGAGAAAGAGAGGCGGGAGCCAUGAAGUCUCAGCUGCUUCCUCCGGUGCCCCAUCUCUUUAGGAUCAGUCUUCAUAUCCCAGGGCCAUUCCCAGUAAACUCCCGUUUGAGAGCAGUAGGAUAUGGGAGUGUGCCUUUGGAAGCAUCAGGGACACAAGGGCAAAGAGCUGUCCCGUUU